CAAUGUGUGGGUCACAGAGGUUUGAGAGAAGCGGGACCCCUCAGCUCCGGACCUGUCACCCUCUCCUCCGGCCAGCGACACCAACAAACCGCAGCUGUCUCCCAAUGACCGUGAAUCAAGAACAGCCGAUGACCUACGCUAAAAUGAGGGGUCUUGUGUCAUUUCUGUCAGCUCUGCUCAAGGGGAAGGGGAAGAAAGUUGGCUUCAGUGACUUCUUACAGAGACUUGUGUCCAGUCAGCAGCUCUGCCAAAACCUAGAUGCUCAGAAGGUCGUCCGGCGACAGAGCAAGCUGAGGAGGGAGAAGGAGGAGAAAGCUUCUUUGAGCUCGGUGAACAGAGACAACUCACAGAUGAAACCGUCAGACUUUGACUACCUCAAAGUUAUUGGAAGAGGAAGCUUUGGAAAGGUGCUGCUGGCGAGACACCGAAAACAAGGAGGCUACUUUGCUGUGAAAGUGCUGCAGAAACAGAUGAUUGUCCAGAGGAAGGAGCAGAGGCAUGUGAUGGUAGAGAGGAGUGUGCUGCUGAAGGGACUACAACAUCCAUUCCUGGUGGGACUCCACUUCUCUUUCCAGACCCCUAACAUGCUCUACUUCGUCCUGGACUACGUCAAUGGAGGGGAGCUUUUCUACCACCUGCAGAGGGAGGGCUCAUUUCCAGAACCCAGAGCCGCUUUCUACGCUGCAGAGAUGGCUGCGGCGUUGGGUUACCUCCACUCUCUUAACGUUGUCUACAGAGACCUCAAACCAGAGAACAUCCUGCUGGACAGUGAGGGCCAUGUGAUGCUGACCGACUUUGGACUGUGUAAAGAAGGAGUGGCCGUUGGUGGGAUUAUGCACACGUUCUGUGGGACUCCAGAGUACUUGGCUCCAGAGGUUCUACUAGGUCACCCAUACAGUCCGGAUGUGGACUGGUGGGCACUGGGCACUGUGCUUUAUGAGAUGAUCAGUGGACUGCCUCCGUUUUAUAGCUGCAACAAAGCAGAGAUGUUCGAGAACAUCCUUCACGCUCCUCUGCAGCUGCGCAGCGGUCUGUCUGAAUCUGCCUGCUCGCUGUUAGAAGGACUAUUGGAACGAGAUAUCUCCAAACGCUUAGGGCAGAGCCGAGACAUCGUGGAGCUGCAGGAACAUCCCUUCUUUGCCUCCAUUAACUGGGACGACCUCGUUGCCAGGAAAAUUAAACCUCCGUUCAUCCCCAAAGUGACUGGUCCGUGUGAUAUAAGUUACAUCGACCCUGCGUUCACGCUACAACCUGUACCUGCCUCGGUGAAUGAGAGGAGCCAAGCAGCUGCCGCCAGUGAGACCUUCCCGGGAUUCUCCUUCAUGAGGCCGGCGGAGUACGUGUCAGCAGAGCCAGCCACGCCAAAUCCUCUGAGAGCAUGCUUGUUCAGAUAUUAAUUUUUUAUGUCAUAAAUUAUUAAAUGGAUGUCUUUCUAUUUUUAA